GUUCGAUUUAAAAUAAACUAAAUCCUACAUAUAUUUAUUCGAUCUAGGGUUUACAUUUUCAUAGCUCAGAAUUCUUUUUUUUCUUAAACUUGAAAUUCUCUGAUUAAAAAUGGAAGAAGAAGUUCAAAAGCAUGGUUUAUUGGGAAAUGCGAAUUCACCUGGUUUUCACUCAAUAAAGAAAAGAGAAAAGAUGCGUCGUUGGUUGUGUUGUAAUUGUCAAGUUGAAGAGUCACACAAUCCACAUGAAGAUGAACCAUUGAAAAACAGUGAUGACCAUAAUGAUGCGUACACAAGGAACAAGAAUAAUACAGCUAAUACCGAAGUAAAAGCACCACCACCUAUUGAAGUGCCUGCUCUGCCUUUAGAUGAGCUAAAAGAAAAGACCGACAAUUUUGGGUCCAAGUCUUUGAUUGGUGAAGGUUCAUAUGGGAGAGUAUAUUAUGCAACCUUAGACAGUGGAAGUGCUGUCGCUAUAAAGAAGCUUGAUGUUGCAUCUGAACCCGAAUCCAAUGUUACGUUUCUGACACAGGUGUCUAUGGUUUCAAAACUUAAACAUGAGAAUUUGGUUGAGUUGCUUGGCUAUUGUGUGGAAGGCAGUCUUCGUGUCUUAGCAUAUGAGUUUGCAACUAUGGGAUCUCUACACGACAUUUUGCACGGUAGAAAAGGAGUCCAAGGUGCACAACCAGGUCCUGUGCUUGACUGGAUGCAGCGUGUGAGAAUUGCUGUUGAUGCAGCAAGCGGAUUAGAGUUCUUACAUGAGAAGCAACAACCUUCAAUAAUACAUAGGGACAUCAGAUCAAGUAACGUCUUGCUAUUUGAGGACUUCAAGGCCAAAAUUGCAGACUUCAACCUUUCAAAUCAGGCUCCUGACAUGGCAGCUCGUCUGCAUUCUACUCGUGUAUUGGGAACAUUCGGUUAUCAUGCACCUGAGUAUGCCAUGACAGGUCAAUUGACACAAAAGAGUGAUGUAUAUAGUUUCGGUGUUGUUCUCUUGGAGCUUCUUACUGGCAGAAAACCCGUGGAUCAUACUAUGCCUCGUGGGCAACAGAGUCUUGUCACCUGGGCCACACCAAGGCUAAGCGAGGACAAGGUUAAACAGUGUGUUGAUCCAAAGCUAAAGGGAGAGUAUCCCCCUAAAGGAGUUGCCAAGAUGGCUGCUGUGGCGGCUUUGUGUGUACAAUAUGAAUCAGAGUUUCGUCCCAACAUGAGUAUUGUUGUCAAGGCACUCAAACCACUUCUCACGCAGAAGCCUCCAGUCCCAGCUCCCGAGAUUUAAACAAGGGUUUUGCAGUGAGAAUUUUUAUUUCACUUUGCCUCUAGGAGGGAUCAGUCACAUAUUGUGCAUUUUGGUUUGAAUUUAUUUCUCGGCAGAUUGAUCCAGGUCUGGGUUGGUUUCAUAUAUAUAGACUUUCUGUGUUUGAUUCGAGAUUUCAAUGUUUAAGAUCAAUGAAUGAAGGGCUCAGAGUGGAAUCAGAUUCUAGUGGAUGAAUCAUCCCGUUACACGACACUUCGGUGGUUGUGCUGUCUGUGCCUUAUCUUCUUUGCACCCAAAAGUCAGUUAUCGUAUUUACAUUGGGUUCCUUUAUUUAACAUUCUGAUGGAAAAAAUCGUUUGUUCAAUCCAUGUAAUUGUAAUAUUGAGUUAUUUUUUGUUGCUUUCUUUCUUGCUCCCAAGUAGAUUGUUUUGUUCAUUUUGGAUUGGUCUACCCGAAUUUAUGAGCAUUCAGUUUCAGUGUA